AUGUGUGUAAAUCAUACAUCUCACCUGCCGACAACAUUCCUCAGCUUCUUUAAGAAUUGUCCGAGAGAAAAAUGCUCACAUAAUGUCACUGUCCAUGGACUUAUUGAAUCUUCUGCUACUUUACCUGCUGGACGUUUAACUGAAGACAUUCAACAUCUGUCUGAUUCUAUUCUAUCGCUUUCUAAUUUCUAUGUCCUUCCUCCGGAUGUGAUCAUCUUCACAUCCGGUGAACCAAUUACCAACAUAUUAACCUACAUAGCCACAUAG